GUGUACAGUACAGGGUGGAAGGGAUGUUCCAAGUGCUGUACCUGCCCUGCAGGUGUGCUUACAGUUCUCUGGAAUGUCAGAAACAGCAGUGCAAGGUCUGAGUCACGCACAGACAUCCAUAAAACUCCUUUUAUUCGCUCCUUGUCUGUGCAUUGUCCCAGGAGGGGAGGGAAAGACCUGUUCUCUUGCAGAUCUUGGACUGGAGUGGGAUACCAUCAGUAGGGACGGAUAUUUCCAAGGACCCAAGUGAGAUUCGUUGUUGAUCAGUGCCCGCUGUGGAUUCCCUGCUUCUGUGUGGGAUUGGAGAAGAAGGGCACUUAAACAUAUCCUUUGGACUUUGAAUCUAAAUCUCAGGAAACCCACAUUUGGUGGGGAGAUGCUGAACCCUCAUGUGUUAGGGGGUCUCCUCCUGGUGGUCCUGCUCUUAGGUCUUCCAUCUACCCAGUCUCAGAGCAACAAAUAUAACCUCUGCGUGGCCUCCAGAGCGACUAGUUGCUCGGCCUGUAUCCGGGCAGACAAGGGCUGUUCCUACUGUGCAGAUGAGGGUUUCUCUAGUGUACGAUGUGAUCUGGCGGAGAAUCUCAAACGAUUUGGCUGCAGCGAGAGAGGGAUUGUUUAUAUGAGAAGUGAAGUUCAGACCCAACAGAACUAUGAAAUUAACACUCUUGUAAGCAAAACUCAAGUGGCCCCCCAAAGGAUGUCCAUGCGUCUUCGUGCUGGGGAAGAAACCUCAUUUAACUUGCAAGUGUUUGAGCCACUGGACACCCCUGUGGAUCUGUAUAUCCUGAUGGACUUUUCUCACUCUAUGUCAGAUGAUUUAGCCAGCCUAAAGAACAUGGGUCAGGAGUUAGCUAAUGUUGUAAGCACUCUCUCCAAGAAUUACACCAUUGGAUUUGGGAAAUUUGUUGACAAAGUGACUGUACCACAGACCGACAUGAGACCAGAGAAACUAAAGCAACCUUGGUUAGACAGCACUCCUCCUUUCUCCUUCAAGAACGUGAUUCAACUAACAAGCGAUGUAGAGAAAUUUCGGAGUGAACUAAUGAAAGAGAAAAUCUCUGGAAACCUUGAUCCUCCAGAGGGGGGGUUUGAUGCCAUUCUACAAACUGCUGUGUGCACGAAUCAAAUUGGCUGGAGAAAAGGAAGUACUCACCUGUUAGUCUUCUCUACUGAGUCAGCAUUUCAUUAUGAAGCUGAUGGGAUGAACGUACUUGAUGGGAUACUGAAGCGGAAUGAUGAACAGUGCCACUUGGAUGCCUCUGGAUACUACACACAUGACACCGUUCAGGACUAUCCAUCUGUGCCCACACUAGUUCGAAUCUUAGCAAAGAACAACAUCAUCCCGAUCUUUGCCGUCACCGACUACUCCUACAGUUACUAUGAUAAGCUGAGCAAGUAUUUCAAAGUAUCUGAAAUUGGAGAAUUGAAAGAAGAUUCCUCCAACAUUGUGGAUCUCUUGCAGGAGGCCUUUACGCAAAUUCGCUCCAGGAUGGAUAUCCGAGAUGAUAACACCCCACGUGCGAUGAAUAUCUCAGUCUCAUCCGAAACAGCUAAGGUUACCGAAACAGGAUCGUUUCAAGUCACCCGCGGGGAGGUGGGUACCUUCAAAGUGAAUGUCAAGGCUUUAGAGCGAGUGGGCAACCAGCAUGUGUGUGAUCUACCACCGCAGGACCAAGGGAGCCAAAUUAUUCUCAAACCUUCCACCUUUACAGAUGGCCUUAAGAUUGAUGCUUCUCUGAUCUGUGAUAGCUGCCCCUGUGAAUUGCAAAAGGAGUUGAAUUCAGCCAAGUGCAGCUUUAAUGGUGACUUUGUGUGUGGACGCUGUGAGUGCAGGGAACGCUGGAUGGGAGAAAAUUGUAACUGUUCCAGCACAGACACCAAAAGCACUCAGUCAUGUAUAGCACCAGAAAGUAAGGAGAUUUGCUCCGGUAGGGGGGAUUGCCUCUGUGGUACCUGUCAGUGUCACUCGGAGUCCCCCAGCCAACAGUUCCAAGGGGAGUUCUGCCAGUUCAAUAACUUCCAGUGCCCACGAUCUCUAGGAUACAUGUGCAAUGACAGAGGGCGCUGUCAUAUGGGAUCCUGUGUGUGUGAUGCUGGCUGGGAAGGAGAGAGUUGUCAGUGUCCUACCAGCAAUCAAACAUGUCUUGAUAGGAAUGGGGGUCUGUGCAGUAAUCGUGGGAAGUGCGUGUGCGGGCGCUGCCAGUGUGAUAUCGUGUCGCAGUACACAGAUGCCACGUGCGAAUUCUCCUAUUCACUGCGCCAACUGGGUGUGUGCGAAGACCUACGGACAUGUGUGCAGUGCCAGGCCUGGGGAACUGGAGAGAAAAAGGGCAAAACGUGUGAAGCAUGCGAAAUUAGUAUUAAAAUGGUGGAUGAGCUGAAGAAAGUGGAUGAAAGAACUGAGAACUGUACUUUCCGGGAUGAAGAAGACGAUUGUACCUAUGAGUACGCAGUAGAUCCAAAUGCAGUGCAAGGAAACUACACUGUGCUGGUCAAGAACAAAAAAGAGUGUCCUCCUGGAGCCUUCCUCUGGCUUAUUCCUCUACUCAUCUUUCUGAUGCUUCUCCUUGGGCUCUUGAUGCUCCUUUGCUGGAAAUAUUGUGCCUGUUGCAAGGCUUGCUUGGCAAUGCUUCCUUGCUGUGGACCAGGACGGUCAGUGGGAUUUAAAGAAGACCACUACAUGUUGAGGCAAAGUCUGAUGUCAUCUGAUUACCUGAAUACCCCAUUGGUGCGCUCAGGGAAUCUCAAGGGUGGGGACACGGUGAGAUGGAAGAUCAACAACAACGUACAUCGUCCACCCCCCUCUCCUGGAGCUUUGAACCCCAAGGAGCUUGUCCCAUAUGGCGUCUCAAUGCGUCUGGCCCGGCUGUUCACUGAGAACCUGUCGAAGCCUCAAUCCCGCGAGUGUACGCAGCUGCGUCAGGAAGUGGAGGAUUCGCUAAAUGAGGUGUACAAGGUGAUACCUGGGACCCACAAGGUGAAACAGACGGCUUUCAGGCUUCAGUCCAAUGCAGGAAAAAGGCAGGAUCACACAAUUGCAGAGACCAUCUUGAUGGCUCCUCGGGAAGCUGAACCUGAGAUUGUAAAGGUGACAGAGAAACAUGUGACACAGGAGGCUUUCCAGGACAUGAAGGUUACCCCAGGUUACUAUACGGUGACAUCAGACAGAGAUGCCCAUGGACUUGUGGAGUUCCAGGAGGGGGUUGAACUGGUAGAUGUGCGGGUUCCUCUCUUCAUGAGGGAGGAGGAUGAUGAUGAGAAGCAGCUGUUGGUUGAAGCUUUGGACGUUCCCACAGGAAUUGCCCAAUUGGGGAGGAAACUGGUCAAUAUUACUAUUAUCAAAGAGCAAGCCAAGAGUAUUGUGACGUUUGUGAAACCUGCCUACACCUACAACCGGCAGGAACAGGUUGCUCGUGUCCCAGUUUCUCGGGAGAUCAUCCAGAAUGGAAAGACACAAGUCACAUAUCGUUCCCAGGACAUGACUGCUCGGGAGGGAAAGGAUUAUACAUUCUCCGAGGGAGAGCUCACCUUCCAGUCAAAUGACACUCAGUCAGAGAUUCUAGUCCCUCUUCUUGGUCGGUCAGAAGUUGACACUUUGCUGGGAAAAAGACAAGUUAAACAGUUCCUUCUAGAACUUAGUAAUCCUAAAUAUGGGGCCAAGAUUGGCAAAUACCCACAAUGCACCAUCACAAUUGAUGACACUGCAGAUGUUAUACAAAAGGCAAUGCCAGUCCAGUCUGUCCAGUCACCCAGUGGAAAGAUAGGUGCUCCUAUCAAUUUGAAUGGCCAGGCUCUCAGUGCCAGGAAAAUCCGACUCAACUGGAUGCCCCCCCCUGGAAAACCCACAGGGUACAAGGUACGUUACUGGAUUGAAGGAGAUUCAGAGUCGGAUGCCACUGUCUUGGAUACAAAAGUGCCCUCUGCAGAGCUGGUCAAUUUGUACCCAUACUGUGACUAUGAAAUGCGCGUAUGUGCAUACAAUGCUCAAGAGGAGGGUCCCUACACUGACAUAGUCACCUGCCAGACCUUGGAGGACGUACCCAGUGAACCUGGCCGCCUGGCCUUUAACGUCAUUUCCAGCACAGUGACACAGUUAAGUUGGGCAGAGCCGGCUGAAACCAAUGGUGAUAUCACAGCAUAUGAGGUCUCCUAUGCAAUGGUCAACGAGGACAACAAACCCAUUGGUCCCAUAAAGAAAGUCCAGAUUGAAGGUCCUAAGAAGCGUAUGGUUCUAAUUGAAAACCUACGAGAAUCCCAGCCAUACCGAUACACCGUGAGGGCCACCAACAAAGCUGGGUGGGGGCCAGAGAGAGAUGCCACCAUGAACCUAGCUACACAGCCCACCCGCCCAAUGUCAAUUCCCAUUAUUCCCGAUGCUCCUAUUAUUGAUGCUGAAGCUGGGGAGGAAUAUGACAGCUACUUGAUGUACAGCAAUGAUGUCCUGCGCUCUCCAGUGGGCAGCAAGAGACCCAGUGUAUCCGACGAGUCAGGCCGGCGCUGGAAGUAUGUCCCUCUGCUGGGCUCGGAGAUGGACCUGCGGCGGGUCACCUGGAAACUGCCCAUAGACAUCAUACCACGCCUGUCCGUCAGCAGCAAUCUGUCCACUGACAAUGAGAGCUUGCUGGACCAGCCUGUGACUACCAGCUCACUGACGAGGAAAGGGACCAUGCAAGCAACCCCAGAAGAGCAACUACUUAAUGGACGCACAGACUUUUCCUUCUCGGGGGGCAGUCUCAACCGUGCCAUGGUAUCAGGGUACCAGCAACUCAGCCCCCACGUGCAAAAUGAAACCUACAGGUUUGGUAGCACCAGCUCCCAACAUACAACCACAACAGUCAUAUCAGGGCAAGGAGCAUCAGGGCAGAACAGACUGGGGCUCCCCCCACUCAUGUUAGGAGGAGGAAGGGGUCGCACCCACUCGGAAGAUGUGAGGGAUGCUCUGACAAGCUUAGAUGUGGCUAUACAGGAUACACGUCUUUCCCCGGGGAUCCCCGACACCCCCACACGUUUGGUAUUCUCAGCCCUGGGACCCACCUCCCUUAAGGUCAGCUGGCAGGAGCCGCAAUGCGAAAGAGAGGUUCUGGGAUACAGAGUGCACUAUCAACAACUGAACGGAGGUGAAUCAAGGUCCAUUGACAUUACAAACCCAAGGGAGAACUCGGUAGUGGUGGAAGACUUGCUCCCCAACCACUCAUACAUGUUCCGGGUGAAGGCACAAAGCAUGGAGGGAUGGGGGCCCGAAAGAGAAGGUGUUAUCACUAUCGAAUCACAAGUGGAUCCUCAGAGCCCACUCAGCCCUGUACCAGGAUCUCCAUUCACAUUAAGCACCCCCAGUGCUCCUGGACCACUGGUUUUCACAGCUCUGGCCCCUGACUCCCUGCAGUUAAGUUGGGUGAGACCCCGAAAGCCUAAUGGAACAAUCCUGGGGUACAUGAUCACUUGCGAGAUGUUGCAUGGAGGAGGGGAACCACGAACUAUCUACGUUGAAGGUGACAAACACGAGACUUCCCUUACGGUUCCUUUCCUGAAUGAAAAUCUGCCAUACAAAUUCAAGGUCCAGGCGAAAACAACACAGGGUUUUGGACCAGAGAGGGAGGGGAUAAUUACUAUUGAAUCUCAAGAUGGAGGAAACUUUUCUCAAUUUGGAACACAACAGAUCACACGUCGGGAGGUGUUCAAUCUCCCAGAAGAAUACACGCAAAGCAACAUCACUCAAUCCACCCUAACAGAACCAUUCUUUUCAGAUGGAAUGACUGUGACCACUCGUCGUAUCGAGGGUGCCAACACAGUUACACAACAGGUCACCAAAGAGCUUGUCACACGGACCAUGAUGUCUGGUGGCUCCCUGAGCAGGCAAGUGGAGCGCCAGUUCUACGAGGCAUGAAAGGGAUAUCUCUCAUCAUAUGACUAAUCUGGACAUUGACUUAUCACUCGCACUUUGUUGCCAAAGCCGCUUUAACCCUUUCCCUCCUGCCAGAGUCUAAAAUGAGCAUCUGCUCCCGCAACCCUGGAACUGGGGUGAUAAAUUCAAUAAUAGAUGGGCGCACUGAAUAGUGUGAAACAUCCAGUCCUUCAACUGUUGAAAACUAUAGCUCCUUUCAGACAGAAGUUGCUGGAAACCUGUAGAUUUUGACACAGCUACCUUAAAGCAUUUCUAUUAUCAAUGCCCAGCACACAAUAAACAGGCAACCUACUGCUUUUAUAAAACGGCAACUCCAAUAAUCCUUUGCUUGAGGUUCCUAAGAAUGAUGGGAGUUUUAGCUGAAAAGCUUUACAGUACAUAACAGGCCUUUUUUCAUAAAAUAAUAAAAAGCCUGACUCUAGCAAUGCUACAUGAUAAACUUUGUUUCUUGGGGCAUGGGAACUGUCAAGAUCCGAACUAAAUGCAUGCUUUAAACCAAAUCCUAUUUAAAAUACUUUUUUUUUAUUGCAAUGUAAAUAAUAACUUGUCCUUUUUUAUACUGCAGUUGGGUGAAGAGGUGGAAUAAUAUACUUUGUAAAUUAAACAAAGAGGGCACUGUAGUGGCCACAAGGGGUCUAUAUUAAAUAGAGGAAGGGGUGAAACAAGCGGAAACGUUGGUAAAAGAUGGUGCAGCAAGUGGCAAUACCUUGCUUAUUCCACUAUGGACCAGCACUGGGAUCAAUCUUAAUAUAAGAAAACUCCCUAAUCAUCUUGUCUUUUCUACUGGUGAGGUAUGGAAAGGAGAUUCUAGUCUGAAUUCAGGAGUUUGCUCUAAUAUCCUUAGGCACCCCAAGCCGCUGUGCAAAGUGUUACACUACUUUAAAGGUAUACUGUCAUGGGAAAACAUGUUUUUUUCAAAAAUAGUGCUGCUCCAGCAGAAUUCUGCACUGAAAUCCAAUACUCAAAAGAGCAAACAGUCUGCCAGAAAGUAGCCAGAAAGCACAAGUCACGUGAGUGGGGGCAGCUGGGAAACUGUCAAUAUGUCUAGCCCCAUGUCAGAUUUCAAAAUUGAAUAUAAAAAAAUAUAUGUUUGCUCUUUUGAAAAAUGGAUUUCAAUGCAGAAUUCUGCUGGAUCAGCACUAUUAACUGAUGUGUUUUGAAAAAACAUGUUUUCUCCUGCCAGUAUCCCUUUAAGUUAAUGUAAAAUGACAAGUCAAAAAGAGUUCUGUCCACAGUGUUGUCCACCUAUACCAGCAGGUGAUUACAACCAGAUAAUAUUUGUAUGGUUCUAUAACUAUCAGGGUCAACUUGGUCACAAGAAGAAAUACUGUGGGGGGGGGGGGGGGGCUGGGCAAGUCAGAUGGUCUUUCUUCCCCAUUUGCACUUCUGCUCUUCCUCUUCUUCUCACUGGGAGACAGUGGGAUUGGAAUAAGGCUAUAGAUGUGAGCAGGCAACAGAAAAAUAAGGGGGGAGCUGGAACAACAAAAGGGAAAAGAGAAGGGGUUGGAUGAGGAAGAGAGAAAUGGAAAAAAAAUGAAAGGAGAAAAAGACAAAUAGAAGAAUACAUAUAAAAAAGAGAAAGUGUUGAAAGGACAAAGAAUGUGAGAAAACAUUUAAAUGACAGUGAAAGAAGCAGAGCUACAGAGGCAGUGACUGCAAACUGGACCUGAGGGGUCCCAUGGGUACAAUUUAUUAGAUCUUAUACAACACUAUUCCAUUUGUAAGGAAUGUGCAUGGAAUUAGUAAACUAGUGGCCACUAAUAAAAUGGGGGCAAUAAAGAGGAGAGACACCACCAAUUUUUUAUCCAAGAGAUUCAUCCAGCCACCACCUAUAUAAAUAUUCUAAAAUCCUUGUAUAUAUGGUUCCAGCGUUAACACGUUAUAAGUACGACUGUAGCACACCAGCCGUGCUCAAGAGUUUGUUGAACUGACAAAAUGGAAGGUUGCGAGCUGUCAGGUGCCAUUUGUAUACUUAAAGACAAGGUCACAAUGUUUACCAAAUGCAGUUCUAUCAAUCCCAAAACAAGUUUUUGUGUUCUGGGAGCACCGGAUUUAUUUUUUGAGUCCUAGAAAAUCACUGACUUUUUUUUUCUUAUUGGCAAUAAAGUAAUUGCCAAGUAAAUGCACAUUUACAUCAGAGGCUGAAAGAACUGUAUAAAAAGAAGAACCAUUUAUUUUACUUGGGGUGGCCAUCUUAUUCCUUUGACUCUGAUUACACCGUCAUUAUGCCAGAACCAGCAGAAGGUUUGGCAAUGUAGAAUGUAGGGGUGCCUCUGUAUUUUGCCUGCAAACAGAAACAAACAGGAAUGUUUACUGUGACAGAACAAAGGGAAAGUGCACCACCAAACUCAUAAAUUGCAGGGUUCUGUAUUUUUUUAAAUUUACAAAUGCAUUUCUAAGUGUCAGAUGUUUUCUGCUUUGUUUAUGGAAUGUUUUAUGUAAAAGAAUAAAUAAAUAAAACACUUUUUUGUGACAA